AUGGGACCCCAAAACAGGCAAUCAAUUGGGCGCUCCUCUUACGGACAUAGAAAGUGGAUUACUGCUGUAUCUUGGGAGCCAGUUCAUUUGCAAUCUCCUUCCCGCCGUUUUGUAAGUGCAAGUAAAGAUGGCGAUGCACGAAUCUGGGACAUUACCACGAAGAAGUGUGUUAUUUCCCUUUCAGGUCACACCAAUGCUGUGACCUGUGUCAAGUGGGGUGGAGACGGUUUGAUAUAUACAGGUUCUGAAGAUUGUUUAAUCAAAGUAUGGGAAACUACUCAAGGCAAGUUGGUCAAAACACUGCAGGGUCAUGGGCACUGGGUAAAUUCGCUUGCCUUGAGCACAGAAUAUGUUCUCCGCACUGGGGCAUAUGACCAUACCAGCAAGACAUUUUCAAGUCCAGAGGAAAUGAAAGAGGCAGCUCUUGCAAGAUAUGAGAAGAUGAGGGGUAAUGCUCCUGAGAGGCUGGUCUCUGGUUCAGAUGAUUUUACCAUGUUUCUUUGGGAACCAACGAUUAGCAAACAGCCGAAAGCUCGCAUGACUGGUCAUCAGAAGGUGGUGAACCAUGUCUACUUCUCCCCUGACGGGCAGUGGCUGGCGAGUGCCUCCUUUGACAAAUCAGUCAAGCUGUGGAACGGCAUCACGGGCAAGUUUGUCGCAGCUUUCCGAGGGCAUGUCGCGGAUGUGUACCAGAUCAGCUGGUCCGCCGACAGUCGGCUCCUACUGAGUGGAAGCAAGGAUUCGACCCUAAAGGUGUGGGAUAUCCGGGCGCGCAAGCUGAAGCAGGACCUGCCAGGGCACGCGGACGAGGUGUACGCCGUGGAUUGGAGCCCCGACGGCGAGAAGGUUGUCUCUGGUGGCAAAGACAGGGUCCUAAAGUUGUGGAUGAAUUAA